AUGUCACCUCAACGCGAGAUCCUGGGUGCUUCACCAACAAGAAUCGGCGAGAAGUCAACGCCAAAAGACCGAGGAUGUUUUCAGUGCUCACGGCGGCGCAUAAAUUGCGACAAGACUGAGCCAUCGUGCGGGAAGUGCAUGAAGAGAGGAAUCGAGUGCUCUGGGAUCAACCGCAUACGAUUCGCUGAAGGAGUCGCAAGAAGAGGCAAGUUUAAAGACCUCAAGGUGCCAGAUAUCAGUUCCGAUGGAGUAGACUGUCUACCAAUCACCACGCCAUUUCUCAUGGUAAGGUGGCAAGACGAGAACAAGAAACAUGCAAACCCGAAACGAGAUCUACAGAGGCAGCACAGGAAGCGUGCGUCUGCCAGUAAAACUAUUGCAAUCGAUGGAGGGAGAAAUAUAAGCCUUUCCCCCAUCCCGAUGGCUGCUGCCUCUACAAACACGCAUUUCGACGGCCCGGGUUCUCCGCAGGCUCCAGAAAAGCAAAACAUUGAAACGCAUGUCGAGGAGGGCAUUGAAGAGAUUCCCUGGAUCGCACCACUGAGCCCGAAAACACGUGAGUUAUUUUCUUAUUUCUCAGAUGUUAUCGCACCAGCCAUGGUCAUACUUGACACGAGUUCAAAUGGUUAUCGCGACAUCCUCCUACCCAUGGCGCUUGAAGACGAGGUGUUGUGUCGCGCUGUGGCUGUUGUGGCAGCGCAGCAUCUCAGCCGCGAGAGGCUUGAAUUGCAGGAGGUCGCCGAAGCUGGUCGGACCGCAAUCAUCUCGCGUCUACGCAGAGACUCAUUGUCUGCCACUGCGGACCGGGUUUUUAACCAAUUCACUUGGGCAACUUUGAUUGUGCUGCUCGUCGGAGAGACAGUCACUGGUAGCGCUGACUACAGUUUUCUGAUUCAGAUGUUGCUAUGCUUGUCGGCAAAUAGUACGGUCAAAAGCCAGGAAUUGCCUGUCAACCGGUUCCUUCAGACUCAAACAAACAUGUUUGAGAUGCUUGGUAUCCCGCUACUGAGUGAAUCCAACGGCAUUGCUACUUUGCAAGGAUUGUCCCGAUGGCAAGACUGGCAAAUGUACGAGCAGUUUCCCGAGGGCGCGGAUAACCGUCGCAUCAUCCUCAAGAUCCGGCAAUGCUAUUCCGCUGCCUGCGACAUCUACAUUCAACGUGCUACGAGCGGGAACAAAGAGUGGCCGAUCUCAACGCUCCACCAAAGUGAACUCAACAGAUAUACAACCACCCACCAUCUGAUGGAGUUACUCUCGCAAAUACCGCCAGAUAUGCCAGGCGCGCACUGUCUUGUAUGGCCAUGUUUUCUCGGCGGCGCCGAAGCGACAGAUCAUCACCAACGGAACUUCUUCGUCGAUUACAUGUAUCACAUCUACGCUCCCCAGCCCAAGGCUGAUGGGAGCCUGAAAGAUCUACUUUUUGGCAACCACAUUGUAGACCUUCUUCGAUACAUCAACAAUGAAGCCGGAAACGCGUAUGUGAUAUGCUGCAAUAUCAAACCUGUACCGAUGAACGCGUUGAAGGCCGAUGUUGAGGCUAGGUAA